AUGUCAACCACUGACUUCAUCGUGGUUCUGCCCUCGUUUUGCGUGUCUUUCUUUCCCAAAGGGGCAAAUGUGAAUGCUGCAACGUUACAUGAGACAACUCUUCAUCACGCAGCCAAAACUAAGAGCGUCGACUUGAUCGAUCUACUUGUGGAGUUUGGGGUGAACGUGUACGCGAGGGAUAAUCUGAAAAAAAAGCCCAUCCACUACACCAGUCUGGGAUCUCCCUCGUAUCUCUCCCUUGAGUUCUAUGAGAAUACCCCUCUCAGUCUACAGCAGAUCAGCAGAGUGGCUGUGAGAGGGGCUCUCGGCAUAAGAGCAUGUGAAGUUGUUUCCAAGCUGGAUCUGCCCAAUCGCAUCAUACGUUUUCUUUCUUACAUGCCACCUCCAGUUAUUGAGAUCUAGACAGCAAUGAGACACCCAAGAUUCAGCUUCCAGGAAAAUCCAGACCGAAUAUGUCUGCUGACCCUGCAGAACUCAGAAAGUCUGACAGGAUGUUGAAGUUGGCAGAAGUGCAGCACAGAGGAAAUGUCUUAACACUGCCAAACUAGCUUGGUGCAGAGAGAUUUCACAACAUCAACAAAUCUGAAUGUUUACCAAAGCAAAAUAGACAACUUUGAUUUAUGUACCACAAACUGAUCGUGAAGUUCUGGCUUGCCUGUCAUCAAACAACUGCCUGGUUACACACCCAGCAAACACACAGCAAUAAGUCAUGUUUAAAAAAACACAUACAUUUUAAGUCCAAUAUUUACUUGCAUUCAACUCUAAUUCUAUCUUCUGGCUCCCCACUAACCUUUACUUUACUCAAACUCAACUCUGCUGUUUGUCAUUAUCUUGUUUUCAGGAAAAACAAAUGCUUUUAAGGGUUAAGAGAGAUGAGGCCUGGGCUGUGUUCGAAACAAUAUACAAACUUACUGCAUAGUACCACAAAGUCAAUCUGUAUGUACUCUAUACUGCCUACUAAAUUAACAAUUAAUAAGGCCAUGACCAAAAGACUGUUCACACUCAAGUUAACUCAAGUAAUAUGUCUUAUUUGAUAACCUAUGUGUUCCCAUGCUUUCACUCAGCUGUAUUCAUAAUCAGUUAUUGUAACCGUUCAUUUUUGUGCAGUGCACCACACCAUUGUACCGUCCGAGGAGCCGCCAUGCACUGUGCGUCAGUUGAGUAUGUUAAGGCUUAACAUACUCUUAUACUUAACAGUUAAGUAACCUAACUUCUCUUACUCAGAAAUUCUUGUUAUUCUAGAAAACAUCCUGGUGUUUCUCACUUAAACAAAAUACACAAACGAUGCAGUUGGAACAUAAAUAUACGAAUUAUUGCAUCAUAUCAGCAUGAAUAGUAUUUUAGUACAUGAUUUUUGUUUGAAAGUCCCACAGAUUCUCCUUUUAGCCCUUUGCACUUGUUACGGCAACAACUUAUCUUUAUUACUAUAACUAUUCCGAUGGCCUUACAUUACCUCCAGCAGAGCUUAACCCACCUUUACCCUGAGCACAUUCCAUGUACGGCCCAAACAAUGAAUCCCAGAAGCUUUAUCUAAUCAAUGGCUUUUUGGAGAUUAUAUAAUAUAAAAUAUAUAAACCUGAACUUGGCUUUCUCAAUAUGAUCAAGUAAGUGUGACUUUAUUAUAGAUCCUGUAAUAUUUAACUAAACACAGAGGGAACAUGAAGUCGUUUUAUAACUAGGGUUAUAUCACUGUAUUUAUUUGUAUAUAACAUGAAAGUAUUUAUUUUUAAUGUUAAUGUGUAAAUAAUACAGAUGGUUCUACCUCGAUUAAAUGUGUCUAAGUUAACAGACCACUUGAGUAUUUUAAAAAUAAUUCUCCAGUGUUGUUUUCUUUUGUAACUGAACAACAAACAUCAUCAUUGAUAGAUAUUU